AUGAGCAGCACAGCGGAUCUAUUGGACAAAAUUUUUAAAGCAAUUGAAGAAAAUAUUACUACUGAAAAUAGUUGCUCUCUUCUCAUGGCUCUGGACACUUUACUGAACUCUGAAAGUACAAAGGAAAUGGGUUUUACGUGCAAGAUCCAGGCUCUGCGUGAUAAGCUGUGGAUCUUCCUGGUACAGUCUUUCUAUGCUGUUCGUCACACAGAAAGCUGGAAGCUGAUGAGCACAGAUGAUCAACAGAAAAUCCAAGCAGCUGCAUUUGACAAAGGUGAUGAUCGAAGACUAGGCAAAAAGCCUAUAUUCAGUAGCUCUCAGCAAAGGAGACAAGUUUCUGACUCUGGUGUAAUUAAAAACAAAUCUUGGAGGGGAAAUAACAAGAAAGAGUGUUGGAGUUUUCCCUCUACUAAUCAAAAAAUGAAAUCUGAUGGAUUAGGAGCUUCUGGACAUUCAUCGAGUGUUAAUAGAAAUUCUGUAAAUAAAACUUUGAAGCAUGACGAUUUAAAGGAAAAGAAUGGUACAAAAAUAGCAUCUACAAUUACAAAAGAUUUUAAAAGUGGGGAAAAAAGUGUUUCUGGGAAGCCCAGAGCUAUAAUUAAGUCCAAAACAGAAAACGGUAAUAAUGCGAAGCCAGAAAGCAUGUCUUCUAGACAAGUUGUGGAAAGAUCAGCAGCAGCAUGUGGACAGAAGAAUUCAUUAAAUGGAAAAGGAAUGAAAACUCAGGAUGGACAAGCUACCGGUGCCAGACCCAAGGUACUGUCUGGAAGUUUAAAUACGAAUGCCAAAGCAAAGCCUUUGAAGAAAGUAGCAGGGCUCAGCAUCACAGGACCCUCCAGCAAAUCUACCAGUUCAAGUAUGGAAUUAUUGAUUUCCACUGAAUGUCUGAGUAAACCAAAAGAAAAUGGAUUGAUAGGAGAAGAGAAGCCAUCAGAUCAUAAGAUGUCUUUUCUUGAUUCUCAAGGUCAUACAGAGAACACCAUUGUGGAAAGUACCGAAACUUCCACUGCAGUAAAAUCUCGACCUGUUUCAAGGGCUACCAAUGGAACGCCUAAUAAAAAAAGCAUUCACGAGCAAGAAAUUAAUAUAAAUAGCAGUAUAUUAAAGAAGGUCACUGGCAAAGGGCCUAGUGAUCCAGUACCACAGGCGAUUUUGAAGAAAAGAGGAAAUGGCGGUGGAUGUGCUACAGCUCAGCUCAGGACAAAGAGUGCACCAUCUAAUCAUGCUAAAACCCAAGGAUCUCAAGGGGAGUCACCACAUUCACUGAAAUCUUCAGUCUCUUCAAGACUAUCUGAGGAGAAUGUGACAACGUUGGACCACAGUGCAACUGCAGAUAAACCAACAUCUAAAAGAAAAACUGCCAAGCAGGCUCAUACAACAUUGCCUAAGAUUACUGCCAAAAUAGUGGCAAUGCCUAAAAGCCUAACUCAGUCAAAGAAAGAGGAAGCAUUGAAUAAUAAACAUGCAAAACAGAAAAUGCUUCCUGGACAUAUUACCUUGAAGACUCAGUCUCCUCAAAGACUUUUAAAAAGUGAAACAUCUGUCCAAAAGCGUAUGCUUCAUGAUGUACGUGAUAAUAAUACCAAGGGCAGUGUUUCCGAACAAAAAUCUCACAAACCUCUAAUUCAUCUCACAGCUGAAACCAAUGGUGCAGAAGCCUCCUAUUCCUCAUGCAAACUGGACCUACAAAAGCCAUUAAACAAUCAAGAAAAAGAGAAAUCGGUAAUAGAAUGCCAAAAUAUUUCAAAGCUGAAUACAUUAGUGAAACAUGAACUGGAAUCAAAACAGAUUUGUUCAGAUAAAAGUGAAACAAAAUUUUCUGACCACAAAGAAAUAGGUAAUUGCCAUACAGCUAAAAUACAUUCUCAUUCAGAUGGGAGUAGUAAUACAGAUUUAAAAUUUCAUAGUACUACUGCCCUGAAAUCCAUGAUUUCAAAUCCAAAUGAAAACUCCUUGAACUGUAAUCUAACUUGUGAUUUACAGUCCACAAAUAAAGAGCAAGUCCUUUUAAUAUCAGAGAAGGAAAACCAAAUGGGGAAAAAAGAUGCAAACCAAAAAUCAACCAUUAAAUGUGUGAAAGAUUUUUUACCUUAUGUUCCUGAAAGGACAAAUGCUACUGUAAGUUCCAUUCAUGAUGACAGAAAAUGCAAAAUGCAUGUAGAAGGACUGAGAAUCCAUAGUCAAUUGUCUGAUGGAUUCCCUCUAAAUAAAAACAAACAUACUAUAGCAGGUUCAGAUAUUUCCUCUAAAUGUCUCUCAGGACAAAUACCAGGAAAAAAUUCUCCUAAAGCUAUGGAAACCACAGAAACUCCAGAGAGCCAUGAAACUUCCGAAGCACCAUUCAUCGGCCCCUGGAGUGUUCUGCAUCAGAGAGAGAGUCCUGAAUCUGAUACUGGCAGUGCUACCACAUCCUCUGAUGACAUAAAACCCAGAUCUGAAGACUAUGAUGCCGGAGGAUCUCAGGACGAUGAUGGCUCAAAUGAUCGAGGCAUUUCUAAAUGUGGUACUGUGCUAUGCCAUGAUUUUCUUGGAAGAAGCAGCAGUGACACUAGUACUCCUGAAGAAUUAAAAAUAUAUGACAGUAACAUAAGAAUUGACGUAAAAAUGAAAAAGCAAAGUAGUAGUGAUCUUUUCCAAGUUAAUUCUACAAGUGAUGAUGAGAUUCCUAGGAAAAGGCCAGAAAUGGGGUCUCGUUCUGUGGUAGCCUACCCCAGGGAGAAAGAAAAUCCUCCACGAGGUGGUGUCCAGUGCACUCAGGAAAUAGAUCAAGUGUCUUCCUCAGCAGAUGAAACAGAAGAUGAAAGGUCUGAAACAGAAAAUGUCACAGAAAGCUUUCUUACAUCUAACCAAGCUUCUCAGCAGUUUCAGGGAAUAAUUAAUUUAGCUUUUGAAGAUGCAACUGAAAAUGAAAGCCGUGAAUUUUCUACCACUAAAAAAUUUAAAAGAUCAGUUUUACUUUCAGUAGAUGAAUGUGAAGAAUUGGGAUCUGAUGAAGGGGAAGUUCACAUUCCUUCCUUGCAGCCUUCAAUAGAUUCCCUUUCACCUUCUGAUGUUUUUGAUAGCAUCUCUCAUGAACACUAUGGAAGGACCUGCCAUUCCAGAUACUUGCAAAAAAGUGAAAAUCGCAUUUUAGAAUGUAAACAAGAUACAGGCAAUAGUGUAUAUAAAAAUGAAAAUACUCCCUCCAGUCUUGGUAACAUUGAUUCUUCAAAAAAAGAUCAACAGAGUGCUUCGGCCAUGGGAAAAAAUAACACAAUGGAUGUUUUGUCCAAAGGAGGCAGACAGCUUAUUCCAGAAGAUUCCAAAGUAAACAUUGGAAGUGAUGCAAGUAAUGACUUUCAGCAGCACAGUAGUCUUUCAGAUAAUGAUGUCAAAAAUCAAGAAAGACCGUGUCAUUUGGAGCUUCAUCAGAGGGAUCCCAAUUCUGACAUACCAAAGAACAGUACUACAAAAUCUAUAGACUCCUGCCGGAGUCAAGUUCUGCCUCAGGAAGGUCAAGUGAAAGAGAGCCAUCCCACAGCUCCCGAAAAAGCCAAUAUUGCUUUGUCUGCAGGAGACAUAGAUGAUUGUGACACACUGGCACAAACCUGCUUGUAUGACCAUCGGCCUUCAAAAACCCUCUCUCCAAUAUAUGAGAUGGAUGUAAUAGAAGCUUUUGAGCAGAAAAUGGAAUCACAGUCACACUUUAUGGACCUAGAUUUUGAAGAUGAUCAACAUUUUGCAAAACAAGACUGGACACUACUAAAGCAACUGCUCUCUGAAGAGGAUUCAAACUUGAAUAUUAGAAAUUCUGUUCCUGAAGACUUAAAUCUAGCACAAUACCUGAUCAAUCAGACACUACUUUUAGCACGAGACAGCUCAAAACCUCAGGGUAAAGCACAUGUUGACACUUUGAACAGAUGGAGUGAAAUUACAUCUCCAUUUGAUGAUUCCUCAUCAAGCAUCACCAUGGCUAGUUUUACCUCUGAAGAUUGUUCACCCCAAGGGGAAUGGACAAUUCUGGAACUGGAAACUCAGCAUUAA